ACCUGGUCACACUGACCAUUCGAGCCAAACUCUGUUAACCGCAGCUGAGACAAAAAAGCGAAUUCAAGGUGAAGUAAUUGGCUUCAAAAUAACAGCUACUCGACUUUUGAGGGGGAGCGGCCUGAGUCACCACACAAUAGAGCACGAUAAUCACGGAACCAAGGAACGCACGGAUCUCCGGAGAUGAGUGCCAAGACCAGGAGACCUGGAACCGGCGGCAGCCAGACGCCCAAUGAAUGCGUCCAAGUGGUGGUCAGAUGCAGGCCCAUGAGCAACAGGGAACGCUCGGAGGGAUCCCCGGAGGUAGUCAAUGUGUAUCCAAACAGGGGCGUUGUGGAGCUCCAGAACGUGGUGGAUGCUAACAAGGAGCAGCGCAAGGUCUUCACAUACGAUGCCGCCUACGAUGCAUGUGCCUCGCAGACAACGCUCUACCACGAGGUGGUCUUUCCCCUGGUCAGUUCCGUGCUAGAGGGAUUCAACGGCUGCAUCUUUGCCUACGGACAAACGGGCACCGGCAAAACCUUCACCAUGGAGGGCGUACGUGGGAAUGACGACCUGAUGGGGAUCAUACCGCGCACUUUCGAACAGAUCUGGCUGCACAUCAAUCGCACCGAGAACUUUCAGUUUCUGGUGGACGUGUCCUAUCUAGAGAUCUACAUGGAGGAGCUGCGAGAUCUCCUGAAGCCGAACUCUAAGCAUCUGGAGGUUCGGGAACGGGGAUCGGGCGUAUAUGUGCCCAAUUUGCAUGCAAUUAACUGCAAGAGCGUGGACGACAUGAUCCGAGUGAUGCAGGUGGGCAACAAGAAUCGCACUGUAGGAUUCACUAACAUGAACGAGCACAGUUCAAGAUCCCACGCCAUUUUCAUGAUCAAGAUCGAGAUGUGCGACACGGAGACGAACACCAUCAAGGUGGGUAAGCUGAAUCUAAUCGAUCUGGCGGGCAGCGAGCGGCAGUCCAAGACGGGUGCUUCGGCGGAGCGUCUGAAGGAGGCCAGCAAAAUCAACCUGGCGCUCUCCUCGCUGGGCAACGUAAUCUCCGCCUUGGCGGAGAGUUCACCCCACGUUCCGUACCGUGACUCCAAGCUGACCCGAUUGCUGCAGGAUUCGCUGGGUGGUAAUUCGAAGACCAUUAUGAUUGCCAACAUUGGACCCUCGAACUACAACUACAACGAGACGCUGACCACCCUGCGUUACGCUUCGCGGGCCAAGUCCAUCCAGAAUCAACCGAUCAAGAACGAGGAUCCGCAGGAUGCCAAGCUAAAGGAGUACCAAGCCGAAAUUGAGCGGCUUAAGCGGUUAAUAGCACCUCAACAGCAACAGCGCACCGAGAAACAGGUCACAGUGAAGAAGCAGCGCAUCAAGAAACCCAAAAAGGACCCCGUAUCCAAAGAAAUGUCUGACUCUCUGCAGGUUUCCACCAUUGAGCAGCCUGAAGAGGAGAGCGAUGGCGAGGGAGCAGAGUCCGAGUCGGAUAAGGAAAAUGAGGCCGAGGUGGCCAAGUCCAACGAGGAACUGGAACGCGAGCGUGUGGAGAACACAAAACUGGCGGCCAAACUGGCCGAACUAGAAGGCCAAUUGGUGCGCGGUGGCAAGAACCUGUUGGACACCUACAGCGAGCGCCAGAUUGAACUGGAAAAGAAGCUGGUGGAAAUCGCGGAGCGCAAGAAGCGCGAAAUCGAAAUCCAGCAGCAGCUGGAGCUGCAAGAGGAGACCACGCUGGAGAUACGCGAACGAAACGUCUCCCUCGAGCAGGAAGUAGAGCUGAAGAAGCGCAAGCUUUCGAAAUGCUAUGCCAAGUAUUUGGCUCUGCAGCAGGAGCUCAACGACUGCAAGUCCGACCACAACCAGGACCUUAGGGAACUGGAGAUGGCUCAGAACGAGCUGGUAAAGGAGCUGAAGCGCCAGCUGCUGAUCAUCGACAACUUUGUGCCCAUCGAGGUAAAGCAGCGUCUGUACACGCAGGCCAAGUACGACGAGGAGCAGGAGGAGUGGAAGUUCUCAUCGAUGUCGUUGCCCACACCUCCUGGCGGCGAUGGCAAGUUCAGUAGCAAGCGUCCGGUAUCGCAUCCGCAGCGCAGGAGGCCCACCUCCGAGUAUGCCCUGCAGGAGGCCAAGUCGAAUGCGCCCAGCUCUCUGCGUUUCAAGAGCGAGAACAUCGUGAACUACGAGCUGGAGAUGCCCUGCCGCACCACCCAGGAGUAUCGUACGCCCAAGGUGUCUGCCUCUCUGCAGGCGGUGCUCGCCCAAGCUAUGCAAACGGGCUGCGAUGAUAUCGACAUAGUGGACUCACACACAAAUUCACUGCGGAGCCGGCUAGAGAACAUUAUCAAUGCGAACGCCAAUGGUGGAGCUGGUCCUGGGGCUGGCACCGCGGUGGGCAGCUCCAUUCCCAAUGUCCGCAACAUUAAGUCGAGCCGAGGGCUACCGAGCGCGGCCUCCAAUCUCGACUCCAAUCGCCGUCCACCCACGGGCCGUCUGCCGGCCAAGAAGCCGGCUUCGGCGUAUCCCAAAGCCCGCGGACUGGUCAACAAAUAAUCACAAACGACUCGAAUCGAAUUGAGUUGCAUCUAACCAUUGCAACAUGCAAACACAACACUAACCAAAGUAUUCAUAGUCAUCGCAAUAUGUACACCUCAGUACUGAUAGCCCAAUCUACUCACAUUUCGCGCUUGUAAAAGUUUCCUUUUGGUUUGAGCCAACUCAAAUCUCUGGCAUUUUAACUAUUCAGACGUCUUCAGAUCUGAACCAUUGAUUCCAUUUUUAGUUAAUGCCGCAUGUUUGAAGAGAUUCGGCCAGCCGACCCCACACUUUCCUUAAUUGUUUUUACGUUUAUUUGUUACUCGACUCGAAUUAUUUGUUAUUGAUUUUUUAGUGCAUAUGUAUGUUUGUGCUCGGUUAAGUUGGCGCGUGCAUUUACUUUUAUCGUGCAAUCUAAGCUUAAGUUCAACCCAACUGCAACAGUCUCUUAUUUACUUAGUAAAUGAUCUUUAGUUAAUCCUAUAAACCAAAUAAAGCAACUCCAUAAACGAAA